CACUUCAUAUGGCUUCUGCUAAUGGACAUCUUGGCAUUGUGCAAUAUCUAAUCGGCAAAGGAGUGGAUGUCAAUGCUUCUAACGAGGAGAAAAAUACGCCUCUACAUUGGGCUUGCCUCAAUGGGCACGUCGAGGUGGUUAAGAAAUUGAUCUUGGCAGGAGCUAGCGUCAGUGUACUAAAUUGCCAUGAGAGGACUCCAAUGGAUGAAGCAGUGAGUAGGGGAAAGAUGGAUGUUCUUGAUGCCAUUAAUGCUUCAGUGGCACAACUAGAGCUUACUGGCGUCAGUGUUUCCUAAUGUAUAAAUCUCCCGCCACAAAGUAUCGGAUCAUUGACAAUUUUUGAGAUUUUUUUUUUUUUUAGUGAACAAUUGUUAAGAAGUUUUUCUCAUGUAGAUUGCAAAGUUUGUAUAAUAAAAAAAAUCUAGGAAUUUUCAAUAGUAGGC